AUGGUGAGUCACUCUGAUGCAUACAAAGCAGCAUCAGAGAAGAAACCAAAUUCCCUCGAAAUCCUCUGCAACUUCUGGAGAGAAAAUGAAGGCACGACACCGAUAGUAGACCAACGUGGCAACACGAUCCUCCAUUUCCUUGCCAUCCAUGGCAACAUUGCUGCCAUUAAAAUGCUUGACAAGCAUGGUUUACUUACCACUGAACAGCUUAAGAAAUGUAAUGCAAAUGGCGAAAUUGCUUUGCAUGAAGCUGCGCGGUUUGGUCACAAGGAUGUGGCAGAAACAAUGCUGGUGAAGGAAAGAGAUUUGAUCAAUGCGCGCAAUGAGUUGGGCCAUUUAUGUUGCUGCUGCAUCUGGGAAUAG